ACCUUUGGUACAACCGCCACUUGAAACCAAAUUACGUCGUAUCUGGACAUUGCUAGAAAACUCAGGAUGCAAUCUAGGGCAGAAAAUGACGGAUAAAACUGGGAAAAACUGGUAAAGACUUCAAUCAAUGCACAGAAAGGCAAGGAAUGAUGCAUGGCAGAGAAACCAGACACGUAUCAAGUAUGAAAGUCUCUCUCAAAUCAUGCUCUCUGCCCUCGCCGAGACCGGCCAAGCAGAAUCAACCAUUACAGUGCCGAAGCAACGGUCCUACACUGGUAGAAAACCUGGCUAAUACUCCCUGCAUCGACUUUGGUAUUCACGGGGUCUUAGAGAGGCUUAAUGCAACACUUGGCACUUCAUAUACUCUGAACGGCUCCAUCUUGCGCUCGGUUCUCGAAUCCUUCAUCGCACAAAAUUACGACUUUGGCAUUGUCUACACCAAUUUGCGUCCUUAUUGGUAUGACUUGACCACCAUCAGAUACAUCGGGGAAACAUGGAACCGACACUGGGAGAUGCGACAAAAUAUCCUUGUGAAUAACAUGAUCUCCGGCGAAAAUUUUUCACCCCGGCGAAUUUGGGAUCUGUAUGCUAAUCGUGUGGUGCCAUUAUGGGUCGCCUUCGAAUAUCCAUGGCCGAUUUCGUAUGCGUGGGUGUCUGACGAGGAGCGCAUGAAUGUGUGGACGCCCAUCAAUGGAUUUGAAUGGCCAGUGCCGAUCCCUAAAGAUGCAAACCUUGAUCUCAUCCGAAUUGAGAUGUUGAACAUCGGAGCAGAGUACGUGUGGUUAGAAGUUCUGUGUUUGAGGCAAGAGAGUGAGUGGAAGGUCGAUCUGCGCAAAGAAGAGUGGAAGGUCGACGUGCCCACCAUUGGAUCUAUCUACCGCAACGCGAUGGUGGUGUCUUACCUCAGCGGGUUGGGUCGGCCUUUUUGUUUGAAGCCAGGCUAUUUGGAAAGUGAGCGGUGUUGGUUCAGACGUGCAUGGACGCUACAGGAGGUCAGCAGUAACUUGAUAAUUGGCGGGGAGACCGACAAUUACUGGAUCAUGGAAACAUCCAUACGACUGAUGUUCAAGGAAGAACUGCAAGCGUUGCAGGCGAUGACCAGACGGAGCGUCUUUGACGUCCUGUGGCAGAUGCGCAAUCGCGUGUCAACUAAGCCUCUGGAUAAAGUCGCAGACCUGGUAUAGGUUCUCUCCGCAAAAUCUAUCCCAAUAUACGAUGAGACACAAUCCGAAGAGGAUGCCUGGGCAGCACUCGUGGAUGUUAUGC